AUGGAGCGGCUGCCGACGGUUCAGCUGUGGCCGGCAAGCUCUGGACACAAGCAGUAUUUCCUGACCUAUUUCGCGCAGGGCCUAGGCCGUGUGGGGAAGGAGUACCUCAAAAGUUCUGCGAGCUUGGCCUUGAGCAUGGGGGAGCUUCAGCUCUUCAGUAAUCUCCUUCCCGAAUUCGGAAGCCUCCCCUGGGCUCUUAAGCCGCUCUUCGUUCUGGUGAUCGAACGGACUUGCUCCUCCCGAGGUCAAGGCCUGGUCUUAGCCGCGGCAGCCGCUGUGACUUCCUUGGCCUGGUUGGCGCUAGCGAUGCUGGAGGUCUCCUCGUCCACCCUGCUCUGGGCCACGGCCCUGCUGUCCGUGGCCUCAGCGCUGGUGGAUGGCCUCACCGACGGCCGCAUCGCCGUGGAGUCGGCGGAGUCGGCGGAGUCCGCGGACGCCGCGGCGCAGCUGCAGCGGCUGUGCCAGACGGGGCAUAGCUUGGGGGCCUUGCUCGUGGGCUUUUCUGCUUGGCUCUUCAGCUUUUCGGAUUGCUUCACUUUGGCUUUCACUUCCCUCGCCUGGGCAUCCAUUGCGCCCUUUGCUCUCAGUGCAUCUCACACUUCGAGGAAGGUGGCUAAGCACUCGCGGCCCGCACCGACCACGUGGUGGACACCACCGACGCUGGUGGUCUCAGCGCUCAGCUUCGCCGUGUGCGUGGCUCCACCGGCGGAUCUCUUCUUGUAUCGCCAACAUGUCUUGGGCUUACAAAACUUCCACCAACCUAUCGUCUCCAUUGCUGGGACCGUUGGCUGGUUCACUUGCACCUUACUCUACCGCAACAUCUCUGGCGUCGAUCGUGGUGCUGGCGGUGCAGAUGCCGCCCAUGCGCCCAGUGUGAGCGCUUUACGGCGGUGCUUGAGAUGGUGGCCCUUCCCAAUGUUGGCCAAGGUCUUCAUCCUCCUGGCUCCCUCCACGGCCUUUCAGCUACCACUGGUGCUGCUCGAGAGCGCAGCCCACGAGUUUGGCAAGGCAUUGACCUUCCUUCCCGUGACGGUUCUGCAGCAACUCCAUGCAGUGGAGGGGUCCGAAGGCAGCUGCUUCAGCUUGAUGCAAGCUGCAGGGACGCUGGGGAUGGUGCUCGGGCGGAACUUGGAAUGGCAGCUCCUCUAUAUCUGCGGAGUGGACCUUGGCCAUGGCGCGGAAGGCUUUCGUAACUUCCCUGCACUGCUGCUGGUGGCGCUGCUGUGGUACGUGCGGAACAUCCCCAUGUCGGCCGUGCUGGAUCGCGGGGGUUUGGAGCAACGCUGGGUCGCCGUCUAUCCUCCAGGUGAUCCCCUGAACUUGCACUUUGACCCCAAUCAGCUCCCUCGCGAUGGGUCUCCUCAGGUCUGCCUCAGCGUGGCGGUGCAUGAAGACCUUUUAGCCACGGUGGCAAACUUGCCAACGCAAAGCGACUCCAGCGCCUUCAGUAGCUUUCCGCGUUUCUCCCCCGAAGCACGGCUGAGUGAAGGCGUCGUUGCUUCUGACAAGGUCGAUCAGCUCAGACGCUCCAUCAGCUCCUUACAGGCAGAGAUGAAGCUCUCGCAAGAGCGCGAGAUCGAGCGCCCCAGUGCCGGGGCACUGGGCGUCGCCUUUGCUCGGGAGAGCCUGUUGCCGGUGGCUGGCGGUAGCCAUCCUGGCUCCCGUGGUCCGGGCAGUGAGCUGGUCUCAGCCGAUUUGGCACCCUGGCCCUCCAUCGCGCCAGCACCUGGGCUGGACAUGGUUUCUUCGACAUCACCUGCCCGUGGUGCUGGUGUGGGUGUCCACUAA